AACAUUAAAUUUCUUUACUGUAAAAAAACUGAAAAGUAGUAACCUAAGUUAAAAAAGUAAAAAUGCUAGAAAAUGCUUGCACUUUGUGCAACGUUGAAAGCGCUAAUGAACUGAUCAAUAUUGUGGAAAGUUUUUAUGAAGAAACCAAUGUAAAGGCUUUAAUUACCAAAUACUUACACAUCCAGGCUCAGAGUACUUCCUUGUGUAUAGAAUGUUUUGAACAAAUAAAAUCAUUUCAUAAAUAUUACAAAAAAGUUCAUGAAGUUCAAAAAUAUAUUUCCUUUCGCAAAACGAACAAAUUUAGCACUGAUAAAAAUGAAGAGCAUAAAACUAAGGAUUUAACAAUAUCUCCACCGGCUAAGGGUUUUAUUAAAGUAGAGUCAAAUGAAGUAUUUGAUGUUUUUGUUGGAAAUUCAAUUCAAUCCGAAAUAUCGCAUGAUAACACAUCUAUAAAAGUUGAAGAAAGUGAUAAUGAGAAUGAUGAUAGCAAAAGCGAAGGAAGCAAAAAUGAUUUAGAACAAAAACUCGAAAACAGCAAAAUAACACAACUUCAAGAUGAAAGCCACAAAACUUUAAUAAGAGAAAAGCAAUAUAACACUAAGAAUAUAGAAGAUUCCAAUCUAACAAUUAUAGGGGAUGAAACUGAACCCGAUGUAUCACCUUUAAAGCCAGAAAAUUCUAAAAUUGAUUUUAACGUUGCUAAAGAUCAAGAUAACAAGCUUUACAGUUUUAUGAAUCUCAAUUGUACAAUGUGUAAUGAAAAAUUUACAUCAUUCAAUGGAAUAAAACGACACUAUAAUAACACACAUCAAACAAGAGGUUUCAUAAAUUGUUGUAACUUAAAAUUUUACACUCGAGAAGAACUAAUUGAUCAUAUUGAUUGCAAUCAUUUCAAUUCUGAUAAACUGAAGUGUCAUUUAUGUGAAAAAAAGCUUGUUAACGCACGAAAUUUGAAACGGCAUUUAAUUGGCGUUCAUCAGUUGAAAAAAGAGGAGCUAUAUCCCUGCGAUAUAUGUCCUGACAGAUCAUUUUCGAAUCGUGUUGAUCUUAAGAAACAUAAAUACGAAGUGCAUUCAAGUAGUAAAUAUGAGUGCUUAAAAUGUAAAAGAACUUUUAAAGGUGAACUAAAUUUACGUUUUCAUAAGGAAAACAUAUGUAAUAGAGAACCUGCACCUCGUGUUUGUGAUUUUUGUGGAAAAAUAUACAAAAAUUCAAGUCGUUUUCAUAGACAUAUGAAUGAAGUACACAAAAGUAAGUUAGCAGGGCUUCAGAAAUGUGAUCAAUGCGGAAAAUUAGUUAAUAGGCUACCGUUUCACAAAAAAAUGGUACACCCACCAGAAGGUACAGUAAUUAAAUGUAAGCAAUGUGAUAAAGUUUUUAAGACGAUGUUUGCGUUAAAUUAUCACCAAGAAAAAACUCAUAGAAUUGAACAAAAAAAUUUCUCAUGUAAUAUAUGUAAUAAAGCAUUUAAGAGAAGAAAACUUUUGCUGGAACAUACUGCCUGUCAUACCGGCCAACCGUUAUAUACGUGUAAUUAUUGUUCAAGAACAUUUCAACACGGAUCAAAUUAUUCAAAGCAUGUAAAGAGUCAACAUGCAGAGGAAUGGGCAAAAGAAAAAAAAAGCUAAAUAUGUAUAUAUGUAUUAAAAUUUCACAAACAACUCAGAAUUAAGAACUAUUGGAAACAAUACAAUGUUCAUUAAGCAACGAAAACUAAAUUUUUCCAAAAGUAUGAGAAUUUUGUGAUACGAAGAAUAAGUUUUUCUAUUUGUAUAUAAAUUAUUGAAAAAAUAA